AUGGCUUUUUUCACGAACUGCGUCGUGGUUUUAGAACUGAAGAAUUUGCCUUUCAAGGAGAAGCAGAAAGUCCGUUUGGCCGUUACAGACAACGGGGGCAGCCUGUCCUAUGUGGUCAACAAGCAGUGUAGUUUCAUAGUGGUGAGCAGCCUGGGGAAUCUGAGCAGCAACCGGCAGCAGAGUGCUCAGAAGCACCAGGUCCCUGUGGUGGGCCUGGGGUACGUGCAUGCCUGCCUGGAGAAGAAGGCCCUCCUACCUGCCGUAGAGCAUGUCCUGGUCUCAGUGACCCCCACACCCUACCCAGCACCCUCCAUCCAACCAGGUAUGCCACAGUCAGGCUUAAACUCUCUUUGCAGUGCGUGCUGUAUGCCAUAGCCAGGCAUCGCACUUCGCUCUUAAACGC